GAAAAGGGUGAGGGUAGAGGAGAGAGCCCAUCGUCAACCCCCCAAUCCCCACCCACCCUCGUCGCCGGCGCCGGCUCCGGCGAAAACCCUAGCGAGCCAUGGAGAGGCCCGACCACGGCGGCAUCGGCAGCGGCAGCAAGAACCCACCGGCCUCUGGGAAGGAGGCUGGGGCGGAUGAGGAAUACGGAGGAAGGUACGACCGGCUGGACGAGGAGGUGGAGUUCCGGCUACCGAGGGGCCACCGUCCGGUGGAGAACCUGGACACGGAGGGGCUGGAGCAGGCCUCCGUCGACACGCAGCUCGCCUCCUCCAACGUCGGCUUCAGGCUUCUGCAGAAGAUGGGCUGGAAGUCCGGCAAGGGCCUCGGCAAGAACGAGCAAGGUAUACUAGAGCCCAUAAAAGCUGGUAUCAGGGAUGCAAAACUAGGAGUGGGGAAGCAAGAGCAGGAUGACUUCUUCACAGCUGAGGACAAUGUACAAAGAAAGAGAUUAAAUGUUGAACUUGAGGAGACCGAAGAGCAUAUUAAGAAGCGUGAGGUCACAGCAGAACGUGAGCAGAAAAUCCGCAGUGAGGUUAAGGAGAUACAGAAGACGUUCUUUUGCAGCCUCUGUAAUAAGCAAUACAAGCUUGCAUAUGAAUUUGAGAGUCAUCUAAGCUCAUAUGACCAUAAUCAUAGGAAGAGGUUCAAGGAAAUGAAAGAGAUGCAAAGCGGCAACAGUGGCAACCGUGAUGAUAGGCAGAAACGUGAGCAACAGCGAGAAGAGAAGGAGCUGGCAAAAUUUGCCCAACUGGCAGAUGCUCAUCGAAAGCAGCAGAAAGAGAAGCAAGAACAACCAGAGAUCUCAGGAGAUCAAGCUACGUCGAAGAACUUGCCGACCCCGGGCAAUCAGGAUCAGCGUCGAACAUUGAAGUUUGGCUUCUCCAAGAUGACCCCUUCCAAGGCGCCUGUUGGCAACAUGAGCAAGAAACCAAAGAUUGCCACGAAGGUCCCUUCCGUCUUCGGAAACGACAGCGAUGAGGAUGCAUGAUCUUCCUUUGCCGUCACAUGAUCAUGUAAGUCACACAAGAGGGGAGUGCGGGCCUUGUCAGUAGAUUCCAGUGAGAAGAUGACAUGGAUGUGAUGUGCUGCUGGUUUGACCAGAUGAUGCGGAUAGCGGCAUCUUGAACAACCCCAUCAACAAGCAGCAACUUAUUUAGAUGCCGCGGCAUCAAUCAAGUGUAUUAAUGUGAGCAUACAUUGUACUAAGUCGGCUUGUAUUUGCAUAUCACAGAGUGGUGGUAAUUAAGUGGCUUGAGGAGCCAUGGCAAGCUGUCAACUAGAA